CCUGUACUAGCGACACUGGCUAUAUAAAACCAAAGGGGUUGCCCUGGCCUGGUUGUGCUUGACCUUCACCUUAACAACUGUUCAUCAUUUUAUUCGCUCUGUUUUCCCUAAUUUUUAUUUUGUUCCCCUCCACCACCUUGUUUCCCUGUCAUUAAACUGUACGCCGGUCGUAUAUUUUUUAACAGCACAAAAAACUUAACAUCCUGUCCCCUGCCCCUCAACUCUCACCACAAUUGGAUUACUUCCACACCGUUCCGCUUUUUUUCUACAGACAAUCACACAAUCAACAAUGCUGUUCAAGAUCUCGACUCUCGCGCUUCUUGUCGCCUCGGUUGCCGGCCACAUGUCUAUAAUCUCGCCAUGCCCCCGGUACGCCGCGCACGGUAUUGACUGCCCGGCUGUUCCUGCCGGAGAGUCCAUCGACUACUCUCUGUCGUCGCCCCUUGGUGAGAACGAGGUUCUCUGCAAGCACACCACCCCCUACGCUACCCCGUCUGCCACCUGGAGCGCCGGCCAGUCCGUCACCGUGUCCUUCCGCGACGAGCCUGCAGCCCACAGCGGCGGUCACUGCCAGUUCUCCCUGUCGUACGACGGAGGCAAUACCUUUGUCGUCGUGCACGAGGAGCUCAAGUACUGCUUCUUCGGAUCUGCCGAGACUAGCAAUAAUGCAAAGAUUCUCAGCUACACUUUUAACUUGCCUACUCAGCUGCCGUCUUCGGAUAACGCUGUGUUCGCAUGGUCGUGGGUUAACGCGUCGGGUAACCGCGAGUUCUACAUGAACUGCGCUGAUGUUGCUAUUAAGGGUAACGCUGCCUCUUAUACUGGCAAGCAGAUGACCAUUGCUAACCACGCCGGAUACCCGACUAUCGGAGAGUUCAACGGCGAUUACACUACUGGUCUUGAGCACUACACUGGCGCCAGCGUGAUCACUGUCACUGGUAGCGGUGCUGCCGCUGACUACUCCAGCGCCCCCAUUGCUCCUAUUGCCCACAACGUCGUCCAGCCCAUUGUUAAGGUCACAGCCCCCGUGGUCGUUGAGCCCAAGGUUGAGGUCGAAGCGCCUGUGGUUGUUGCCCCUGUGGUCGUCACCCCUGUUGAGGUUGCCACCUCCUCCAUUGCUGAGGUUCAGUACCUUUCGGUUGCUCCUGUUGUUCCCAUUGUAUACACUACUUCCGUCGCACAGGAUGUUACCACUGCCCCUAUCCAAACCACUGAUCCGUCAUCCUGCACUCAUGGUGACAUGGUGUGCAAUGGCUCGGGAUACACUGUUUGCGUCUGGGGUGUUUGGACUUCCUUGCUGAACUGUGCUGCCGGAACCACCUGCAGGCAGACAACCCCAAGCGUCAUCUACUGCGAUUACUAAUUCGAUUUGAUUUGAAGUUUAAUAUUUUAUUUAAUUUAUCAACCAAUUCAAAUAAAUAAAAAAGUAGGUAUUUAAAUUUA